CGUUAAUUAAUGGCUGCUGCUGCUGCAAGAAAAUCCGCACAAAGGGCCAUCUGAAAGACUCGUAGCCUUUGGCUUCAUAUUGCGGAAUAUUUUGACUUCUUUAACCUUCAGAUCCUUCCUUCACCAUUAUUACUAGUAAAACAUGGCCGCUUCAUCUUCUAUCCAAUUACUAACACCUGCAUUAGCAAUACCCAUUCUUUCUUUCUUGAAAUUAUCUACUUCAGCAAGAGCAUCAGCUGGAUCAUGCUACAAAUCCAUCAUCGGCUUUGGGGAUUCCCUCACUGAUACCGGCAACUUAGUCCAGCUCUUCCCACCCGGUAAUCCUACCCACUGUUAUCGACCACCGAAUGGGGAAACCUUCUUUAAACACCCUACCGGUCGUUGCUCCGAUGGCCGUCUCAUCAUUGAUUUUAUUGCUGAGAGUUUUGGGCUUCCGUUAGUACCACCAUACCUCUGGAGAGAUGACAGUGCGGAUUUUCGACAAGGCGUGAAUUUCGCUGUAUCAGGAGCUACAGCACUUAACAAUUCAUUUUUCCUGGAAAUGGGACUGCAUGAUCUUGCAACGAAUGUGUCACUGGGAACACAGUUAAGGUGGUUCAAAGAUAUAUUGCCGUCUCUAUGCAGCAGCAACUCUUCAGAUUGCAGCAGCGAAUUUCUUCAAAGCUCGUUUGUUCUUAUGGGAGAGAUUGGGGGCGAUGAUUACAACCAUGCGCUUCUUAAUGGAAUAAAACUAGAUGAGGUCAAAUCAUAUGUUCCCGCUGUUGUGCGCGAAAUCGCUUCAGCUAUCGAGGAAAUGAUUAAGCUUGGAGCUGUGACAUUGGUGGUUCCUGGGAACUUACCAAUUGGAUGCUUGGCUGCCUAUCUGACUGAUUUUCAAAGUUCCAACCAGCAUGACUACGACACGGCUACUGGUUGCAUAAACUGGUUAAAUGAUUUAGCCAAAUAUCAUAACAGAUUGCUGCAGAAAGAACUUAAUCGCAUCAGAACACUUCAUCCUCAUGCCACCAUAAUCUAUGCCGAUUACUACAAUGCUGCAAUGAGAUUAUAUCGUUCCCCAAUCACAUAUGGAUUUAGAGGAGAAGCUCUAAGGGCUUGCUGCGGAGCUGGAGGCCCGUACAAUUAUAUUUCCUCAAUUCAUUGUGGCGACCUACCAACAACUCCUUGUGACGAUCCGUCUUUGUAUGUUAACUGGGACGGUUUGCACUUGACCGAAGCUGCCUACCAAUUGGUAGCUCAGGGCAUGCUUCAAGGACCAUAUUCUAAUCCUCCUAUCAAUACAAUCUGCCCUCUUGCAUCCACGAGUUCAGGACUUCUGCUUUAAGAUUAGCUUAGAUUUUGUGAGAUGUCCCUAUCACUUGGUAGCAAAAUUUUAAACCAAAUUAAAUUGUUAUUUAUUUAGUUGAUGUGGUUUGUGGUUGGCGUUUCUAGUUUUUGAUUGGUUGGAUAAGCCUAUCUAUAAAUAUGUGGUUUGCAAGAGCACAAAGCCUUCAAUUUGGGAGGCAAAAUGAUACCUAAAGGCUCCAUAUUUCCUUUUCAUUCCCAAUCAAAAGGCUUCAUAUUUUACUCAACAAGUGGUGUGGAAUAUUUAUGUUUCUGCUGCGUAUUUUUGAGCCAACAUCACUUAAUUUUUUAGGGCUUCCUCUUUUUUUUUUCAACUUCUGUACCGUUCAUUGUCAGAUCAUUAGUUCUAUGAUUUUUUUUGGCAAGUGUUUUAUCAUUUGCUCAGUUGCAAGUGAAGUAGAUUUAUGUAUAUAUGUUACUAUAGAAGCUCUUGUAAUAUGAUAGGUUGCAAUUUUAUCAUUUAUUUUAUUAUUAAUUUCCCCUAUUAUCUGACCUGAUGUGGAUUAAUUGCUAGAUUCUACUCACUUUUGAUAUUUUGCAUUUAUUUCAGGGUGUACAACGAAAAUAUCAUAACAAGUACCAAUUUGGCAGAAAAAGAAUCCAGAUGAUAGAAUUUAACCCAGGGGCAUUUUUGGAAAAGAAGAUGUUACGCCCAUUUUGGUAAAUUCUGCGAAGGAAGGACGGCUGAAGGGGUUCUUCUUGCUGGUAGGAGCCGCCGCACAGGGAUCUUAGUUAGUAAUUAGAUAGAAUAAGAAUUGCAGAGGAUGAGCACUACUUUAGUCCUUAGCUUUGACUUUUCCUUGGGUUCUUGGUAGCUUUUCUUCUCGGAUGUCACAGGAGCAAUUGGGAAGAUUCCAUCAUUAUUUGUAACUUUCAUUAAUCUUUCAUUCGCUCGGCCGAAUUGGGUUUUCCCAAACGCAGACGAUGGCCGCGGCUCUCUCUCUCCAAUUUUGUAUGGUUUUUUAGCAUCAAAUAUGAACUAGUUUCUUCACUCUAGUCAAGGAACAAUGGAGGCUUUGGUUCGCCUAAAAA